GCCUAGAAGAUAUUGUCUCAAGUGUGUUGGAAGAGGAGACGCGGCUCACCGGUCAAGAUGGGGACAACCAAAAGAGUGAAGAUGCUCGUGCAGCCAUGUCACUGCAAUCAUUUCAUACCUCUAGCAGAGGAGUGCAUGCUGACAAGAACAAACGGUUUUGUGACUACUGUAAGAAAAAUGGGCACAAUAAAGAAAGUUGUUUCAAGCUGCAUGGCUUUCCACCUGAUUGGAAAAAGGGAAGAUCCCAGCAAGGGGGAGCUCUUGGUGGUAGGUGGAAGAAAGCUAAUCACACUUCUUCUACAGGGGAGGUACGGGCGGUAGAUGUUCAAGCUCUUGAGGAAUUUAAAUCCAAGCUCAAGCUCUCUGAAUGCUCGUCUUCCUCGCAAGACUCCUCUAAAGCAAAUUCCAGCUAUCUUGUCACUUCUCAAGGAGCUAGGGAUAGGGAGACUACUUGGGACUGGGACCAUGCAUAACGGACUAUACUAUCUCGAUGAAGGAAGUGAUGAAGUCGCUUUUGCAAUUUGCAUGUCUCCUACUCAGGAACUUUUACUCCACCACCGCAGGCUUGGUCACCCAUCUUUUGCUACUUUAUCUCGCAUUUAUCUGUAUCUGUUUAAAUCUUGUUCUAGUGAAUCCCUUGUGUGUGAUGCAUGCGAGUUAGCUAAACAUACAAGGGGCACCUAUCCUAGUAGGGGAUUAAGAAGUGAGAAACCAUUUGAAGUUAUUCACUCCGAUGUUUGGGGGCCUGUGAGGUUCAAUCGGUUUCUGGGCAUAGGUGGUUUGUAACCUUUAUUGAUUGUUUUAGUCGCUAUACUUGGCUCUAUCUUUUGAAACAUAAAAGUGAUGUCUUCGCAGUUUUCAAA